AUGCACUCGCGAUUGCAACUCUUAAACACAAUCGAAGGCGAUGACAGAACAAAACGCAGCGCCAAAAUCAUUGCCUCGAGCGCAUAUGUUCACAAUAUCGUGGUCGUGGGACUCGUCUACGCCGCCAUAGAGAGUGACUUCAUUGCGCCUCUGUUCGCAUCUGAAAGUGAAGAACGAGUGUCCGCAACUACCUGGCAAGUUGCAAUCGUGUCCACGAUCUUGAUCUUGGGCAUAACUUCGACUUACCCUGUGCUGUUUGCUACCAAUUUCUCGUAUCUGAAUAAGCCGAAGGAGCGAGACUGGAACAAACUCUACAUUCUUGUAGUGACUAAAGGAACCAAUAAGAAUACUGUGGAACGAUCGAGAGCGAUGCGCGAUUUGGAAACGCUGGACGACCGAAUUCGCUUCGUUAUCCUCACUGACGAGGGUUCCGGAGCGGACAUCAAGCAAGAAGAUGUUGGCGUCGCAAUGAUCCGCGUUCCUAAGUCAUUCUCGCCGACAAAGGCGAAGCAUAAAGCCCGAGCACUGGAAUACUUUCGACUCAGAAUGGAGCUCGGCGACAACGACUGGGUCUUACAUUUGGACGAGGAGACGAUUGUAGACACGCAUUGCGUCCUUUCAUGCAUCUCGUUCAUUGAGCGUGCUACUGAAUACGAUUGGGGCCAAGGCAUCAUCACGUACAACACAGUCAAUUACUGGAAGAAUCCUUUCUUGACCUUCGCCGAGAUCUGUCGUGUGAGAGAUGACCUUGGACGUUUCCAGUUCAUGCAAAGCACGCUUCAUAUGCCAUUGUGGGGUGCUCAUGGCUCAUUCUUCCUGGCCAGUGGCAAGAUCGAGAACGCAGUCACGUUCAACACCGAAUGUAUUACUGAGGACUUCUGGUUCGCCAACCGAGCAUGGUGGGACCAUGGCUACCGAGAAGGUCAUAUUCCAAGCGUAGCUCGAGAGCAGAGCAAUUGGACAGUCAUGGAUCUACUGAAACAACGAAGGCGCUGGAUUGCUGGUAAUUGGAAAGUAGGCAUCUUCGGUAAAUGUGGCGUUGUUGCGUGGUUCGUCUUAGGCUUCGAGCCUUUGCUUGCGACAGCUCUUCGGUUCUCUCUGGUUGCGAUGCCUUACACUAUUGCACUCAUGAUGAAAGUACACUUGCUGUUUAGCUUGUUCACUUAUGCUUUCGCAACCUUCCUGUCCGACGUUGAUGCUGGCGUGAGCCCCUGGAUGAUAGCACUACAUGUCUUAUUGUCGCCUGUGCUUGGAUAUGUAGCUCACGUACUGGGACUUAUCGCGCUGAUAUACGCGGCUGUCCGGCCUGUAGGGCCGAAUCAGUUCGAGAUAGUGAAGAAAGGUUAG